AUGCAUGAUAUCGCCUCUUUCGAGCUGCCAAUGUGGCUUUCCAAGAAUGAGGACGCAAAAACAAUUCUAUCUGGAAGCGCCACACCAGCUCUUUCUAUCAAGGACCUGAUAGAACUGUCCACGGAUAAAUCACAGACCAGAAAAAAUCUUUCCUUGGACAAUAUUCCUCUAGCUUUGGGCUCAGGAACCGGAAGCGAAGCCCUCCGCACCACAAUCGCGACUCUAUUUAACGAUAGAAUAACAGCCGCCAACAUCCUCACAACAAAUGGUGCGACAGGCGCAAACUCUCUCAUUUUCCAGACUCUGCUUCGAGCGGGAGACCACGUCAUCUCGAUGUAUCCAUCCUACACACAGCUCCUAGACAUGCCUGAAGCAAUAACGGGCACACAAGUCUCGCUCUGGAAAAUAAGCCUUGACUCAACCCAUCAACGCAAAAACGAAAAUUCAACAACUGGCGCAGGAGCAGCAGAUCUUCUCGACAUCACAGCCCUUAAAGCCCUCAUAAAGCCAAACACAAAGAUGAUCGUCCUAAACAACCCAAACAAUCCAACCGGAACCAUGCUCUCGCCAAAUCUCCAACAAGAAAUCCUCUCCCUAGCCCAUUCCCAAGGAAUAUUCGUCGUCGUAGACGAGAUCUUCCGACCAUUAUACCACGGUCCCCCAUCUACCCCACUCCCGCCUUCCUUCGCCGAAAUAGACGCCUUCGACAACGCUAUCAUCACCGGCUCCCUGAGUAAAGCGUGGGGCUUGGCUGGUGUACGGGUUGGAUGGAUCGCGACGCGGAGUGAGGCUUUUAUGAGCGCAGCGCUUAAUACGCGAUUAUACACCAUCAAUGCCAUAAGUACCCUUGACGAAGCCGUUGCUAUUGAAGCGUUGAGUCCGCGGUGUCGGCCGCAGAUUUUGCGAAAGCAUUUGGAUAUUGCGCGGGUGAAUUUGGAGAUUCUGGAGCAGUUUGUUGAGAGGGUUGCGUCUGUUAGUAUGGUUAGACCCUUUGCGGGUGCUACUGCGUUUUUGCGGAUUGUGCUUGAUGGUGGCCCCGUUGAUGAUGUGGAGUUUUGUAUUCGGCUUAAGGAGGAGACGGGUGUUUUGCUUGCGCCGGGGAGUAAGUGCUUUGGGGUUGAUGGGUCUGGCGAGGAGUUGAGGGGAUUUGUGAGGGUUCAUCUUACCGGGUCGUCGGAUGUUUUUCGGGGUGCUUUGAGUGCUGUCGGUGGGUAUUUGGAGAAAAUUGGGGCCAAGGGUUGA